AGGAAGAUGUGAUCGAGGGAGAAGGAAACUACUACCUUCACCACUUCACCCCCUUUGCUCUUACUCUCUGUGUAUAAGAAGCAAGUUUGUCGAUACAGCCAAUUUACUGAAGAAGAAGAAGAAAGAAAUGAUGAUGAACGGGGAGUUAUGGACGAGCUUAGCCUCAACAGCUGCGGCCAUAACGAUCGCCUGGACCAUGUUUCAGCAAUAUUUCCCUAACCAACUCCGUGACUACCUUAUUAAAUACGGCCAUCAAAUCGUAACCUUCUUCUACCCAUACAUCCAAAUCAGCUUCCACGAGUACACCGCCGACCGUUUCAAGCGAAGCGAGGUCUAUUCCACCAUUGAAGCCUACCUCAGCUCCAACUCCUCCGAGCGCGCAAAGCGUCUCAAGGCUGAUGCCGGCAAGGACACCCGCAAACUCGUACUCAGCAUGGACGACUACGAGGAGGUCACCGAUGACUUCAAAGGGAUCAAAUUCUGGUGGUCUUCCAACAAGACCGUCCCCAAAAAUCCUUCAUUCUCUUUCUACCCGGCAUCCGGCGGCAAGCGCUUCUACAAACUCACCUUCCAUAAGCGCUACAGGGAUCUCGUCACCGUCUCUUACCUCAACCAUGUCAUGGAUGAAGGCAAAGCCCUCGGAGUUAAAAACCGGCAACGGAAGCUCCUUACCAACAACAAGAGCGAUAACUGGUACGGGUACAAGAGAUCGGUGUGGAGUCAUGUGGUGUUCGAACACCCGGCCACGUUUCAGACGCUGGCGAUGGAACCCCAAAAGAAGAAGGAGAUCAUGGACGAUCUCAUUAACUUCAGUAAGAGCAAGGACUACUACAAGAAGAUUGGUAAGUCUCGGAAGCGUGGCUACUUGCUCUACGGCCCUCCCGGAACGGGUAAGUCUUCGAUGAUUGCCGCCAUGGCUAAUCUAUUGGAUUACGACAUCUAUGAUGUGGAACUGACGGCAGUGAAGGACAAUACGGAGCUGCGGAAGCUGUUGAUCGAGACAAGUAGCAAGUCGAUCAUCGUGAUUGAAGACAUCGAUUGCUCCCUUGAUCUAACAGGUCAAAGGAAGAAGAAGGAGGAGAUGGAGAAAGAGAAAAAGGAAGGGGAAGGUGAAGGUGAAGGUGACCCAGCAACAGCCGUUAAAAAGGAAGCGGAGAAGGGGAAGGAUAAGGAGAGCAAAGUGACUCUAUCUGGCCUUCUCAACUUCAUAGAUGGACUCUGGUCGGCCUGCGGAGGAGAGAGGCUUAUCGUGUUCACCACAAACUAUGUGGAGAAACUGGACCCUGCCCUCAUAAGGAGGGGUCGGAUGGACAAGCACAUCGAGAUGUCCUACUGCAGCUUCGAAGGGUUCAAGGUUCUUGCCAAGAAUUACCUGGACCUGGAUUCGCACCCUCUGUUCGAGACUAUUCAUGGGUUAAUAGACGAAACCCAGAUUACUCCCGCCGACGUUGCAGAGAAUUUGAUGCCUAAAUCCUUCGGGGGAAAUGCUAAGGUGGACUGUCUGGAGGCACUGAUCCGUGCUCUCCAAGUUGCAAAAGAAGAAGCGAGAGUGAAGGCCGAGGAAGCAUUAGCCGCAGUGGCAAACGCCUGAGAGGAGGAGCUUUCCACGUCGACUAAGGAAGCAGAAGAGAAGAAAUCGUUGAUCAAAAUUGAAGACAAGGAGGCCGGGUUGACCCAGUUGGAAAAAAAAUAAUAAGGCUUGAGAAAAAUGUAAAAAUGUAUAUAAAAAAAACCAAAUAUAAAUAAAUAACGGAAAUGUAAAAAUGUGUGGAUGCCAGCUCAUCUUUUAUAUUUAAACGGUUAUUCUGUACGGGUUUGAAAAAUCAAAACGGUUAUUUCCGCUA